AUGUCUAUCUCCGAUAUUGCGCUGAAAAAAGACGCCGAAACAUUGUAUGGAGGCCAAAAUGCUACCCCCUCACCGACUAGCCAGCCUCUAGCAACGCCUCCUAACCAGCAACAAACCCAGAAGCUUGAGCAAAUCCGCCCUAUUUUCAGAAAGACCAGUUCACAGAACUCAUACAAACUGUCGCAACUUCCACAGCUUGAAACAAGGUCUAUUUCAAAUGAUUCAAAUGUUCAAGUCCCUGUUAAUACUGAACCUCAAACUCAAAAGCGUGUGAUAAAUGUCAACGAAUCACUAUUACACAAUACCAGGAAUGGGGUACACAAAAUACCAGGUACACAUAGUGUACCAGUGACUCCGCAAUCUAUUCUCUCGCCGCAAGUGAAGUCGGUGAAUGUUCCUGCAUCUAUUCUAAGCAGUCAAAGUAACCUUCCAUCAAGCACUUCAACAAUGCAGUGCCCCACACCAAUCACACCACAGUUAAAGUCAUCAACAAGCACCAUUUCUUUUCAAGUUCCAAAUCAAAAACAUAGAGGUUCCAUAUCUGCACGCCCAUCAGUUACUAAAUUCCCAUCCGAUGCGUCGGGUUCCGUGCAAUCUUCAGCAAUGGCUGGCGGUCAAACCCCUCUUGCGCAGAGACAAACACUAAAUCUACAUACUUCAACGGGGAACCCCUUGUCGUUCAUGGUGAAUCCAAUCACGAAACAGAAAAUUCCAGCUACCACUACAAGUGCAGCAAACACAUCAAGGAUGGAAAGCGUUAGGUCUCCUAUUUAUUCCGAAGGUGGCUGUAUUACACCUGUAGGAUACAUUUCCAACAACAACGUAAUACCCUCUUCAAAUACCUUGAUUGAUCAGAACAGUUUUGGUGGAUCUCGUCAUUCUAUGUCCCCAGACGAGCCUGCACCAAUGACUCCAACAUUAAAUCUUAAUAAUUCGUCGUAUCCGAAUUCAAGGAAAACGUCUAUUCCCACUGAUCACCACACACCUGUUUACGAAUUAAAAAGCGGAAUAUCAUCCACAUCGUCCGUAGCAGGCAUGGUACCAACAGGAAACUCUACUCCUGGAUCAUCCAAGAAGAAGACCACAAAGGCCAUAGUUUCGCCCCCUAUUGGUCCUGUUGUUCCGUUCACACAAUAUUUGAGUAAAGAAGAUGAUGACAAAAUUCACAUUCUAAUUGGAGCAACGGGUUCUGUUGCAACUAUAAAGAUUCCAAUGAUUAUAGAUAAGUUAUUCAAAAUAUAUGGGACAGAUAAGGUGAGCAUACAGUUGGUCGUUACAAGGUCUGCUGAACAUUUUCUUCGAGGUUUGAAAAUAUCAACAGAGGUUAAAAUUUGGAGAGAGCAAGAAGAGUGGUCGUCACCUGUUAAUAAGAUAAAACCAGGAGAUCCAAUUUUGCAUGUAGAAUUGCGAAAAUGGGCUGAUAUUUUCCUUAUUGCACCACUAAGUGCUAAUACACUUGCGAAGAUUGCCAAUGGACUAGCUGACAAUUUGUUGACCACAAUAGUGAGAAUCUGGAACCCUCUUGUACCGAUAAUUGCGGCUCCAGCGAUGAAUACCUUUAUGUAUAGCCAUCCAAUGACAAAAAUCCAUAUGAAUAUACUGAAGGAGGAUCUACCAUUUGUAGAGAUAUUAAAACCCGUUGAGAAAGUUUUAGUUUGUGGUGAUAUUGGAAUGGGUGGUAUGAGGGAAUGGAGUGAGGUAGUUCAUAUUACUGUUAAAAAGUUGAAGGAAAUACAGAAGAAGAAAUUAAGUGGGGAAGAGACUAUGGUGGGGGUAUCGAAGAAUCCAGUAAACGGCGAAGGUAUAAGUUAUAAGGAAAAGGGUGAAGCCAAGGAAGAAGAAGACGAUGAAGAAGAAGACGAUGAAGAAGAAGACGAUGAAGAUGACGAAGAAGAAGAAGAAGAAGAAGAAGACGAUGAAGAAGAAGACGAUGACGAUGAAGAAGAAGAAGAAGAAGAUGAAGAAGACGAUGAAGAAGAAGAAGAAGAUGAUGAAGAAGACGAUGAAGAAGAAGAAGACGAAGUGAGUGUAGCUGGUGAUGACGCUGCUAAGAGAUAA